GCUAAUCAUCGAGCAAAACGCGAAGGGAGAAAAAGUGCAUCGCAAAGGAAAACCGAUCGCGAGUCAAAUUUUUUCGCUGUAUGUUUAUCGCGAAAGUUGUGUCCACCGUCGUCGCGAAUUCGUGCGAGAAAAAGCCUGCAGAUUAGUGGUUUCCAAACGGUUACAAUAUUGACCAAACGGGAACCGAUGAUGUGCUGAGUGUUGUGUAUUCUCUGCAUCCCCGCUGCAGUUCCUCUUUCAAGGAAGGAAGGUGGUAGAUGUGGCGAAAGUUAAGCUAGCUGCUGCUGCUGCUGGCUGCCUCAUCUUUCACUUUGUCGUUCUUGGUAAGCGGAGCAAGAGGAAGAAGUGAAAGAAAGAAGAAGAUAAUCGGUACUAGCGGAGCGGCUUAAGUUUUGAGUGUUUGGUUGAACGGGAGAAGGGGGGCGACUACUCUCACACUCUCACCGUCGUCCCCAGCUGUCGGCAGGAGCAAGAAUGGCCCUUAAAAAGGUGAAAGGUAACUUCGAGCGGAUGUUCGAUAAGAAUCUGACGGACUUGGUCCGAGGGAUCCGCAACAACAAGGACAAUGAAGCCAAGUACAUCGCUCAGUGCAUGGAGGAGAUCAAGCAGGAACUGCGACAGGACAACAUCAACGUGAAGGCGAAUGCCGUGGCCAAGCUGACGUAUCUGCAGAUGUGCGGAUACGACAUAUCGUGGGCCGGGUUCAACAUCAUAGAGGUGAUGAGCUCGAAUCGGUUCACGUGCAAACGGAUUGGAUACCUGGCCGCUAGCCAGUGCUUCCACCCGGACAGUGAACUGCUAAUGCUGACAACUAACAUGGUCCGGAAGGAUCUGAGCUCGACGAAUCAGUACGACGCGGGCGUGGCACUGUCCGGGCUGAGUUGUUUCAUUUCCACCGAUCUCUCGAGGGACUUGGCGAAUGACAUCAUGACACUGAUGAGUUCGACGCGGCCGUACCUUCGGAUGAAGGCAGUGCUAAUGAUGUACAAGGUGUUCCUGCGGUAUCCGGAAGCACUGCGUCCAGCUUUUCCGAAGUUAAAGGAGAAACUGGAAGAUCCGGAUCCGGGGGUGCAAUCCGCCGCGGUGAAUGUCAUCUGCGAACUGGCCCGUAAGAAUCCGAAAAAUUACCUCUCUCUGGCACCGAUUUUCUUCAAACUGAUGACCACUUCCACCAACAACUGGAUGCUGAUCAAGAUCAUUAAACUGUUUGGUGCUUUAACUCCGCUAGAACCUCGAUUAGGCAAAAAGCUAAUUGAACCGUUGACCAAUUUGAUUCAUAGCACUUCUGCCAUGAGCCUUCUGUACGAGUGCAUCAACACGGUGAUCGCGGUGUUGAUCAGCAUCAGCAGCGGCAUGCCCAAUCACAGCGCUUCCAUCCAGUUGUGCGUCCAGAAGCUACGCAUCCUCAUCGAAGACUCCGAUCAAAAUCUGAAAUACCUUGGUCUGCUGGCAAUGUCCAAGAUUCUCAAGACGCACCCGAAGAGCGUCCAAACCCACAAGGAUCUCAUCCUGGCCUGUCUGGACGAUAAGGACGAAUCGAUUCGGCUGCGGGCGCUGGACCUGCUCUACGGAAUGGUCUCCAAAAAGAAUCUGAUGGAAAUCGUACGCCGCCUGCUGGGUCACAUGGAACGGGCGGAGGGUUCGACCUAUCGGGAUGAACUGCUCUUCAAGGUGAUCGAGAUCUGCUCACAGGGUUCCUACCAGUACGUGACCAACUUCGAGUGGUAUCUGACGGUUAUGGUCGAGCUGAUUCAGCUGGAAUCCGGUUCCAAGCACGGCAAGGUAAUUGCUACCCAAAUGCUGGACGUGGCGAUCCGUGUCCAGGCGGUGCGAACCUUCGCGGUCAACGAAAUGUCCGGUCUGCUGUCCAGUUAUCCGAUUUCCGCCCAAAACAGCACCAUGCAUGAGGUUCUGUACGCUGCAGCGUGGAUCGUUGGCGAAUUUGGAAGCCAUUUGGACAAUCCGGAGCAAACGUUGAGCACACUACUACAGCCACGGCAAGUGCCGGGUCACAUCCAAGCCGUGUAUGUUCAGAAUGCGGCCAAGCUUUUUGCCAACUUGGUGCACGAUUGCCUCGAAGAGGACAAUCUGGUCGACAUCCGGAAGUACUGUGACCUCCUGUUGGAGGGACUCCCGGUUUACCAGAGUUCCGGAGACAUCGAAGUCCAGGAACGUGCCAGCUCGGCGUUCAUGAUGGUGCAGAUGCUCAAGGGACGGCUCGGAGGAAUCAGUACCGACAUUCUGACCGACAUCGGCCCGACGGUGGAUGAAGCGGAAGUUCUGGGCAAACCGUCGAUUCCUUCGGAAGUGGCCGAGUUGAUUCAGGAGAUUCGUGAGCUCUUCGUCGGAGAUCUCAAUCCGGUUGCUCCGAAGGCGCAACGGAAGGUUCAACUGCCAGAAGGUCUGGAUCUGGACGAGUGGAUCAACGAUCCUCCGGAAGCGAGUAGUGAAUCCAGUGACGAAGAGAAGUUUUCGUUGUUCGUCGGAAAUAGCGAAGAUCGCGAAGCGAACGGUGAACACAGAAAAUACAAGAAGGAGCACACACAGGAAGAGCUUGGGCGGAUUCGCGAAGCCCGCAUCAUGGAGCAAACCAACAACCCCAAUUAUCUCAAACCGGCCAAAAAGAAGGAAGCUUCCUCGGGAGAUUAUCAAAAUGUGGACGAGAACUACGAAGAUAUCCCGAUUGCCGAGAUUGCCCUCGAGGUUCCUCUUCAAAUACAUUCCACUAAAAGAUCUGACAAGUACCUGUUGGAGCAGAAGAAAUCCAUCAAAUCGGGUGGAUCCAGUAAGAAGACGGUUGGUAAAAAAUCGAAGCGGCAUAAGAAGGGUACCAGUAAGCAACACUAUGCGGAAAGUGAUUCCGAUAGUGAUGAUCCUAAACCGCUACACGUAGUGAACACGGUGGUGGAACUGCCGGAAGGUGCAAUCAUGUCCGACACGGAGGACAAGGCGACCGAUGAUCUGGAUGAUCCCCAUCGGGCGCUGGACAUCGAUUUGGAUGUACCCGUCGAGACCGCGCGCCCGGUGCGAGACUCUCGCAAGUCAACUGCCUCCGCUAGCAAUCUUCUAAUAUCCCGGUCUUCGGAGGCGCCUGCAUCCGCCUCCUCCGGUGGCAGUAAAUCCACGAAACAAAAUCUUACGAAUGCCGAACCGGAAGAAGGCAAGCCACCAUCGUCGCAUCGUCACCACAAGAAAGAUAAGAAGAAGAACAAAGACAAGGACGCGGAUACGCGAGAGAGGCGAAAUCACCACAAGGACGAGCAUCAGGUGGUGGCGGCGACGGCCAAGGAACGGGUAAGUAAAACUUCCUCACAUUCUUCCAGUGGGACUCGAACGGUUGUCGAAAGUCAGGUGAACCUGCUCGUCGAAGAGGGGGAUCCUGUGAAGAAGAAAUCCCACAAGAAGAAGCACUCGCAGCACGCUGCCAAUGGAGGGCAGCAGGAACCGAGCGAGCAGUCGGUCGGUUCUGAGAAGGUCGCUCACAAAAAAUCUAAGAAAUCAAAGAAGGAAAAAUCGAGCAAAAGCGAGAAGAUCAGCAUGAGUGGUUACGAGGAAGCGCUGGGGAUUUCCACGCCCAGCAAGGAGGUCAUUUAAUAGAAACCGUGAGGUGUGAAGCAAGUUUUCCUAUGAAAAGCCUUUCUCUUCGCUCUUCUCGUUACCGUUGUUUCCUAUUUUCCUCCCCCGGUAACAUCCGCCUAGCUCUACCAUAGAUAGAAACUCUCGAAAGUACUCAUCCCAUUUUUUAAGCCUAAACUACGUAAAAGAAAUCAAUAGAAUAAACAAUUACGAAGUAAAAUGCUACACUCUGUGCUGUUCCAAUUGUGAACAAAUUACGAGAGAGCCAACAGACUAAAUAAUACAGAAAACAAGAUUUUACCCAUCAGUAAAAUGGAAGUGUCCCAGUUUAGGAAAACUAAAAA